UCUAACCUCCGAGAAGCAACCUUUGGGGGGGAGUAGAGUACAUGAACCCACUCCUUUUGGAGUUUUGAGCCCUCUCUUCCUCUUUCUAUUGGAAAAAAGCACUUCCCUUAGAAGCCAAAGAGCCAUUCACAGGGUGGAAGCUUCAUGCAGUCAUGCAGAAAUGGGCUCUCAGAAUCACAGGCCUCAGUUUGUCCUGCUGCUCCCACCUGAGUUUCUCCAAAAGCUGCCCAUUCCUCGUCCGAUUGCCGAGCUUCUCACGAAAGAGCGUAGUGCAACUGCAACCUUGUUUAGCCCCCUCGGCAAGUUUUGGCACGUAACUCUCGUCAGAGAUGGAGAUAACAGACUGUACUUCGACAAUGGCUGGCGUGAGUUCUCGCAGGCCCACGAAUUAGUCGCAGGCGAUUUCGUUCUGUUUCGCUACGAAGGAAACAUGGUCUUCAAGGCCAAAGUGUUCAACACGAGCGGAUGCUGUAAGCUGCGCGGUAAGAUCGUCCACGGAGUUUCGAAGAGAAGUUCGGGUGAAACCAAAGAUGAAAACCGCGAUGACAUUCGUAGUUAUGAUCAGCACGGUACCGAAGAGCCGCGCACUCCGCCGGGUUUUUCAGCAAAGAAGAAAUCGGUUGAGAACGAAAACUCCGCGCCGUGUCCACCGCAUUUUGAGAAGAUAAUGAGAUCUUGCAACGUCAGCGGAAACGUUCGUCGUCGCUUGUUCCUGAGUGUUCCAAAGAGUUUCCAUUCGUCGUUCGGGCUCCUGAGGAGGGAGAUUGUACUUAAAGAUCCGAAAAAGAGAUCAUGGCCUGUGACAUUAUGGAAUGGGAAAAGCGAGAGCCGGAUUCAUCGAGGGUGGAGGGAGUUUGCUGUGGGGAAUAACUUGGAGGAGGGAGAUAAAUGCAUCUUUCAGCUAAUAUCUAGCGGGGAAAUGCGAGUUCUUAUACGCAAGCGCUGCUGCGCAUAAGAAGCAGCAAUCCAUCUUCAAGAUACGUGUUUUAUGAUCUUUUGUUUCUUCGUCUUUUUAAUGUAAGUAAUUACUCGGUUGCGUGCUUGUAUUUUGGGUUUCGUUUGCUGACGAUGCGCAUGUUUUCGUGAGAUGGAUUGCUUUAUGGUAUAAUAUUUUGGGUCUAUGUUUUGUAUAUGUAUCUUAUUAUCCUACAAUUCACAUUUUGAUAGAUCAUCAUUUUUGCUGUU